UGAGUGAGUUCAGACUCUCAGCUUCCAGUCGACUGUCAGAGAAGCAGGAUCUUAUUCUGAUAGGCUGAUUCAUGUCUCACACUUCCUGCACUGUGAGGCUGUGAUUUCAAAGAAACACUGAGGAGGAGGAGCAGCUGCUCAACAGUCCAACCAGGAAACAAGAAGAGAAGAACUGAGUGAGUUCAGACUCUCAACUUCCAGUCAACUGUCAGAGGAGGAGGAGCAGCCUGACUGAAGAUGAGUGAUGUGGGUGAAGAGGAGGACAGAGCAGAGUCUGUGGACAGGGAAGAGACGCCAGCUGCUCCUGCAGAGUCCAGCCAGGAAGAAGAACAAGAAGACUUUCAAGCGUUUUCUCCAUCAUUGUUAUCAUGCUCUCAGAACCCGAAUAUUUCUGCAUACGGACCAUCCUCUGUCCUGAACGAGGAUGAGCUGACGUGCGACUGUCCUCAUGCCCUCAGCCACGAGGAAGCUGUUUCAUCAUCAUCAUCAUCAUCUUCGUUGUCUCCCUGUUCUCACCCGACAACCGGCUUCAACAACGAGGAACUGGCCUGCAAUUGUGAUUUUGAAACUCUUCAUCAGCGCAGUCUGGUGCAGGCGGGCAAGGCCGCUCCUGUGCAAGCGGAGGAGGGGGAGGAGGAGGCUGCCCCGGUCUUGGUCAAACCCGGGGGAGGUGCAGGGCCUACAUCGCCAAGUGCUGGAGAAUCUGGAGAGGAUGAUGUCGACGGCUGGAUCUCAGCUGGUCUGAUCGGUACAGUGAAACUGGGUUUGCUUCACCUGCUGAACCUGGUGAUAGGCAGAUACCAGAAGGAGACCUGUUACGGGUGCAGAACCAAUCACCCUAGUCAGAAGCAUCAUCCGUGUCUUGAUGUUGAGACAGAUGGCUAUUUUUCGGAGCAUUACGACCGCUUGAUGGCCAGACUUUUCACACCCAAGCUGUUCCCAUCCAUACAAAAGCUGUUGAUCCUCAGGAAAAUCCGUUCCGACGAGGAGAGAAUCAGAGCGAUCGUGGAAACCCUGAUCUUUGAGGUCAAAUCUGUUCGGAGAGUGGCAGAGCUGAUCUGCGACUUUUACGACUCUGAUGUCGGACAGUCCGUGACCACUGAUCAACUCUCUGCUGUGAGUGACUGCUGGAAGAGUGAGUGAAAAACAAGAAGAAGAAAAAAAAGAAGAAGGAGGAGGAAAGAUGGGGAAUUUGUUAAGUCAAACUAUCGAGCUAGAUGAUGUUAUUUCUCAGCUGAAGAGACUUCUAACCAAUGUUAUCUGUAAGAGAGUCCUGGGUUGUGCAUACAGUAUGAUUACCGAUGCUGAAAUUCAACGCAUGGAAAAAAUUCAUGCUCAAGUCCGGUCGUGUCGGGGAGAUGCAGCAUGGUGGGUUAUGGUGCAAAACACUAUAACGAGUGCUUCCGAUUCCAGUCUGUCCUCUGUAUUUGCGGGAAUUGUACACGAAUUGUCUAAAGAUUCUCUUUCUACAACUAAGUACCACAUAAUAUCUUUGUACACGCUAUUUGUCGAUGCCGUCUCACUUUCCAUUCAAUGCGGGCUCGGUCUCAGUCCUUCGGAUGAAGUGGACAGACUUCAUUCUGCUUUGCAGAUGAAUUUGGAUUGUUCUAUUCUGCGUAAUGUGUUGGUGAUGAUAAAGCCGUAUUAUUACUAGUCAGUAGCGAUUGAUUUCACUCUUGUAGAAGUAUUUCUGAUUAAACUAUGCCUCGAAUAAUAAAAAUACUGUUGAAGUCUUCCCCCUCCGUCUGUCUGACUGUUUGAUCGUUUACGACCCUACUGUAAGGGUGUGAGUGUUUGAAGCUAGCUACAGCUGCAGAUUCUGGGUAGAAAACAAGACCUCACCAUACAGAGACGCAUAGGGUGUGCCUGAUUUAAGGAAGUAGAAGGAAGUCACAUCCGAGCGAGAUGUCUGGGUGCGAGGAUGGGAGCGGGGUGGGUUCUGAUCUGAGGAAGUCAGGCAUCCUCCGUAGGUGAAGAAAAAAGAAGGGAUCAUAAAACGGGGGUAAUCUAGUUCGACAGGUCUACUUCAAAGCUUUUAUCAGAUAGCAUACGAGCAGGGGACGUCUGGGAGUAGAUUGUGGGAACAGCAUAGGAAGUUGUCUUAUGAACAGGGUCACUCUGAUAGAAAAUUUAAAAAAAAAAAGAGUUUGUUUAGUUCAGAUACAAUAUUUAUAUGCUAUUCUUAGAAGAAAAUUGAUUGUGAGCAGGUCAAAACUUUUCUCAGAAACAAACUAUGAUACCUGUGUCCGAAGGAUAAAAAAAAAAAAGAUCUUUAAGUUUUCGUCCUCUACUUUUUCCACUAUUUCAACAGUCACAUUCAGGAAGACAUUACAAAGUACCACAACCCCAUAAAAAAUGUUUUAUUCCUCCUGAACAAAAGAAAAAUAAGACAGAGAGUUCUACAUAUUUAUUUUAUCCGCUACUGUUCUCUCAACAUCUCUUUACCCGUGAGCAUGCGUCUUAGCAUGUUUGUGUAAUUAUAUUUUAUUGGUGGAUCCUAUCAAAGAAGAAUUUCUAUCACCACCAUGGACAGACAAUAAGUCUAUCUUUCUUCUAUCUUGUAUUGUUUGAUCCGUGAUCAGUUUCUCACAAAGAGUAAAUCCGGUCUAAUUUUAAUUCGUACAAGAAUCUUUGGGCUUCUCUUCACACCCUACUACACUUCCCCUCAGAAAGAAUAUUCACUUCCUCCAAGACCCAACCUCUCUCUAACACCUCAUGCCGAUCCUGUGAUCUUAUUGGAAGGAUCAAAAGUCAUAAAAACCACCAAAAAACAAAUGCAAAUGCAAAAUAGCUAGCUAGCAUGGAUAUAAGUGACAGUCAGUCACUUCAGCUUGCAACAGGCAGAGCGAGGAAGGAGAGAGAAGAAGAAGAAGAUCACUGCUUGAGAAAAAAACCAAACACCCCGUCAAUAACACCGCAAGAUGGCCGGUAGGACGAAUGGACUGGAAAAUUAUUUUCUCUUUGAAAAAGUGUGAGAGCGAGAAAACAAAGUGCAUUUUAAUAUAUUUUUCUAGACAAGACUAAUUUCUUCGGUGAAUCAUCAUCAUCCACAGAGCCGACGACCCAUUCUCGAUGUAAGUACCAUGGUUUUUAAAUUUCAUGUUAUUUGAUCAGACAAA